AUGGCCACUUUUAAAUUCUGUUCUCAAUGUAACUUGUUAUAUCCAAAAGAAGAUAAAGAAACUCAACGACUUUUAUAUGCAUGCCGUAAUUGCAUUUAUCAGGAAGAAACUAAGAAUUAUUGUGUUUAUAGGAAUGAAAUUUCAAAUAUUAUUAGUGAUAAAACAACGAUAAUUAAAGAUUUGGCUGCCGAUCCAUCUUUGGCAAAGAAGACAUGCUCUCAAUGUGGAUUUACCGUAGCGGUGUACUUUCAAGCACAAGCUCGUCGUGGUGAUUCAAGAAUGACAUUAUAUUAUGCUUGUGGAAAUAGUAAUUGUGGAUAUCGUUGGACAGAUUUUGAAAGUAGUAAUGCAGACUUUGAUGAUGCCCUUCAAGACGAAGAAUAUGAGGACCAAGAUUACCAGAGUAAAGAAGAUUACGAUUUAUCCAAUCAAUUUGAUGAUCCAAGUUUUGAAGAUCCGUCAUAUCCAACUGAUAAUGUAGAAUCUGAAGCUAUAGACACUAGUGCUCCUCAGUAUCAACAUAAUCCGGAAGAUUGGUGA